AUGAUGUCAAAUAUAUUGAAAAAUAAUUAUCUGAGAUUUGUAAUACUUGCUGGAAGAUGUUUAGCAAGCACUGGAAAUAAUGUUAAUAUAGGCGAUCAGAUGAAAAUUCUAAAUGACAAUAAGCAGUAUAAAAAAGUUCUUGAAUUAUUUGAUGCAUUCAACGAAAACAACAUUGAUAAAUGUUCCAAUUGGAUUGUUAUUCAAGCUUUAAAAGCAUGUACUCAAAUAAAUGAUGUUCAGCAUGGUUUGAAAAUUCAUAAUCUUAUUUCAUCUCGUCUAAAACAUGAUCCUUAUGUGUUACCGUCAUUAAUUCAUUUCUAUAGUAAGUGUUUAUUGAAAAAACGAAGGAAUAAUCGAUUCACUAGUUUUCAUAUCAUAAAACCGUGA